AUGUCUAAAGGGAAGAUGAAUGCGGAUCUAGGACCUGCGUUAAAGCCCUUUGACGGCAAGGAUGACUUCACGGAUUGGCAAAGGAUGAUGAAGAACGUACUGAUACAGCAAGAUUUGGAUGAUGCACUCAGCGGUGAGAAGCCAACAGGCAUGACAGACACAGCAUGGACUAAGGUUCUUAAGAAAGCCAAGAGUUCCAUCGAGAUCCAUCUCACAAGAUCAGUUCGGUCACACAUCACAGAAAAGAUGACUGCCCAAGAAGCAUGGGAAAAGUUGGAGAAUGUUUAUAUGGGCAAAACCGUGUCCAAUAAACUUUUUCUAAAGGAUGAACUAUUCGGACUUCGACUGGAAGAAGGAGGUGAUAUUGAAGAUCACGUAUGCAGGUUUCAAAAUUGCAUAACUAAUCUUCAGAAGGUCGAAGAAACUUACAAAGAUGAUGAUAUGGCUAUCAUCUUGCUGAGGUCUCUACCUUCGUCUUUCAAGCACUUUCGAACAACUCUAAUGUUUGGAAAAGAGUCCCUGAAGCUUGAAGAUGUGAUUCAAGCUCUUCAGUCAUAUGCUAAACUAGAUGAUAUAACUGAAAGCUCUCAAGGCCUUUAUGCCAAAGGCAAGGAGAGGGGGCGGGAAAAGACAAAGGAAGAGAAAAACAGGCAACAGAGGAACUGCAAGAUUUGGAAAGAGAAGAAAGCCAAGAGGGAAGGAAGCUCGGGUUCAGCUAGUGCAGUCACCGAGCAUGAGAGUGACGGGGAGCUUCUUUCAGUAACAUCAGGCUCCAAGGCUUUCACAAAUUGGAUUUUGGAUACCGGAUGCACUUUUCAUAUGUGUGCAGUAAGAGAAUGGUUCGAUACUUACAAAGAAGUCAGCAGCGGGGAAGUUUUAAUGGGGGACGAUUCUUCAUGUCCUGUAAAAGGAAUCGGCACUGUUCAAAUCAGAAUGUUUGAUGGGAUGAUACGAGUUUUGGGGAACGUUAGAUAUGUCCCUAGACUAAGAAAGAAUUUGAUUUCCUUGGGUACUUUAGAUGAGGCCGGCUAUGAGUACGAGUCUAAAAAGGGAAGACUCAGGGUAGCCAAAGGAUCACUGGUGGUAAUGCGGGGUGACCUACAACCCAAUAAGCUGUAUAAGUUAAUUGGGACCACUAUAGUUGGGGGAGCAGCUGUUUCUGUAAAUCAAGGUAUAGAAGACAAGACUGAACUCUGGCAUCAUAGGCUCGGGCACAUAAGCCAGAAAGGGUUGCAAGAAUUACACAAGCAAGGCUUAUUGGAAGGCGUGUCAUCUUGCAAACUGGACUUUUGUGAAUAUUGUGUUCUUGGAAAGCAAAGGAAGGUAUCAUUCACGAGUAGCAGUGCAGAUAACCGAAGCAAGGAGCAACUCAGCUAUAUUCACUCAGAUGUUUGGGGCCCUGCACCAACCAAAUCAAAUGGUGGAGCCAGGUAUUUUGUUACUUUCAUGGAUGAUUUUUCUAGGAAGGUUUGGGUUUAUUUCAUGAAGCAGAAAUCCGAGGUUUUUGCAAAGUUCAAGGAAUGGAAAACAGAAACCGAGAAUCAAACUGGAAGAAAGAUCAAGUACCUGAGAAGUGACAAUGGAGGUGAAUAUACAAGUAAUGAGUUUACUGAUUACUGCAAGGAAGAAGGCAUCACAAGGCACUUCACAAGUGCAGAAGAGGUAUGGUCUGGGAAGCCAGUGGACUAUUCCAAGCUCAGGGUAUUCGGCUGUAGUGCUUAUGCACAUAUUCCAAGCGAUGAAAGGUCCAAGCUCAAACCAAAGUCUACACAUUGCAUAUUCUUAGGUUUUGAGAAAGGAGUGAAGGGUUUCAAGCUUUGGGAUAUCAACAACAGGAAAAAGGUUGUCAGCCGAGAUGUUGUCUUUAAUGAGACAACCAUGCCUCUGAAUAAAGUCGAGAGCAGUAGGGAGAAGAAAGACGAUGCUGAAAUUGAAGCAACAAAGAUUCCGUUAAUCAGUUCAGACGAAGAAGCUCAGGUGGAGCAAAUUGAGCAAGAUGCCGAAUCUGAUGGUUUUGAGGAAGAAGAUGAGCAUCAGCGUCGUUCACCAGUUAGGAAUCAGGUGGAGCAAGAAAUAGGGCAGAUUGAAGGCACUCUAAUCCGCCAGACAUCCCAAAGGGUUAGAACUCCAACCAACAAUCCACCUGCAUUCCAGAGAUGCAUAGCACUGGACAAACCUAAUCGGAAUAAGAAGAAACCUGACAGGUUUGGGUUUGACCAAGACGAAGUUAAUUAUGCUCUCAACAUUAGUCAAGGAGAUCCAACUACUUAUCGAGAAGCUAUAGCAAGUGAUGAGCGAGAUAGUUGGAUAAGUGCUAUGACAGAAGAAAUGGAGUCUCUUUACAAGAACUCUGUUUGGGAGUUGGUUCCUAAGCCCAAAGACAGAAAGCUAGUUGGAUGCAAGUGGGUAUUUAGGAAAAAGGAAGGACUACAUGAACAAGAUGCCGUGAGAUUCAAAGCAAGGCUCGUGGCUAAAGGGUACUCACAAAAGGAAGGAGUGGAUUAUGAUGAGAUCUUUUCACCCGUAGUUAAGCAUACUUCUAUCAGAUUGCUUUUAGCAAUGGCAACUCAGCAUGACAUGGAGAUUGAGCAGAUGGAUGUGAAGACAGCGUUUCUUCAUGGGGAUCUAGAGGAGACAAUUUUCAUGGCUCAACCAGAAGGGUUUGUUGAAUAUGGGAAAGAAAACCUAGUAUGUCAGCUAAAGAAGUCCUUGUAUGGCCUGAAACAGUCUCCAAGACAGUGGUACAAGAGGUUCGAUUACUUCAUGCUGAAAAUCAAUUUUAGAAGAUGUUUAUAUGACUGUUGUGUGUACUAUCAUGUGUUCCAAGAUGGGAUGGUCAUAUUGCUGUUGUUAUAUGUGGAUGACAUGCUAAUCGCUUGUCAAGACAAGUCUAGAAUUCAAGACUUGAAGAAGAUGUUGAGCGAGGAGUUCGACAUGAAGGAUCUAGGUGCAGCACAGAAAAUCCUUGGCAUGGAGAUUCAGAGAGAUAGGACCGCUGGAAGGAUCUGGAUAUCACAAGCCAAGUAUAUUCAGAAGGUUCUUGAGAAGUUCAACAUGCAAGAAGCAAAGGCAGUUUCGACUCCUUUGGCAGCUCACUUCAAGUUAAGUGGGCAACAGUGUCCUAAGUCCGAGGAAGAGCAGCAAGUAAUGGAGAAGGUUCCUUAUGCUAAUGUCGUGGGCUGCCUUAUGUAUGCAAUGGUAUGCACACGUCCAGACAUAGCUCAAGCAAUCAGUGUCGUUUCCAGAUACAUGGGAAAUCCAGGAAAGCAACAUUGGGAUGCAGUCAAGUGGAUUUUGCGUUAUUUGAAGGGUUCUUGGCGACAAAGGAUUAUGUUUGAGAAGCAAAAAGAAAAUGCAAGGGUGUUGGGAUAUGUGGAUGCUGAUUAUGCAGGGGACUUGGACAAGAGAAGGUCAACUUCUGGUUAUGUGUUUACAUGCGCAGGAGGACCGAUCAGUUGGAGGGCACUACUGCAACCAAUUACAGCUUUGUCGACCACAGAGGCAGAGUAUAUGGCAUUGGCCGAAGCUGGAAAGGAAGCAAUUUGGCUUAAUGGCUUGGUAAGUCAAAUGGGAAUCACCCAAGAUUUUGUGAAGCUGAAAUGUGAUAGUCAAAGUGCCAUUCACUUGGCAAAGAAUCAAGUUUUUUCUGGAAGAUCAAAGCACAUUGAAGCAAGAUAUCACAGAAUCAGAAAUUGGGUGGAGUCUAAGGAGAUUUGGAUUGAAAAGAUUCAUACGGAUGACAAUGCCGCAGAUUUCCUUACAAAGAUAGUGCCGGCCAAGAAGUUCAAGCAUUGCUUGAACUUGAUCAAUCUCGUUUUCGAACCAGUGAAGAAGGAAGAUGGUGAAGCUUUGACCACAGCUCAGAAACUCACUUUGGAAGAAAAUAUUGCAAAAGAUGCUAAGGCAUUGGGUUUGAUCCAGAAUGCAGUUUUUGAUGAUAUUUUUCCCAGAAUUGCUUUGAAGGAAUCAGCCAAGGAAGCAUGGGAAAUUCUGCAGCAAGAAUUCAGAGGAGACAAUAAGGUAAGAUCUGUGAAACUUCAAGCUCUUAGAAGAGAAUUUGAAUACACUCGCAUGCAUGAUGAUGAAUCUUUAUCUGGGUAUGUCACUAAAUUGCUUAAGUUGGUAAAUCAAAUGAAGGCAUAUGGUGAAGAGUUAACUAAACAGAGGAUUGUUCAGAAACUGUUGAUCAGUUUGUCCAGAGAAUAUGAUUCCAUUGCAGAAGUUAUAGAGAAAACCAAGGAUACAGAAUCCAUAGAAGUCCAGGAGGUUAUAGGCUCCCUAAAAUCCCAUGAACAACGCCUACUAAGGUAUAAUGAGAGAGUGACAGAAAAGGCAUUUUACAGCCUAAAUGUAGGGUCUAGAGACCAAUCAAACACAGGACAAGUUGGUAGUUCUAAGUCUAAGAAGAAUUGGAAAUCUCAGAAAGGGAAGAAAUGGGAUACUAAGUCUGAAAACAGUUCCAAGAAGGAAAAUCAAACUGAAGGAGCCAAGGUUCCUUGUAAAACUUGUGACAAAUUGCACUAUGGUGCUUGCUGGUUCAAAGGCAAACCUAAGUGUUGUAAAUGUGAUAGGUUUGGUCAUAUAGCCAAAGACUGCAAAGGAAAACCAGAUCAAGCUGCUAACUAUGCGUCACACAAGGAGGAAGAAGGCAAUAUGUUCUAUGCUUGUCAUGCUGCUGCAAUAGUGAAAAAUAAUGGUGUGUGGUAUGUGGAUAGUGCAUGUAGCAACCACAUGACUUCACAAGCAUCCCUUCUAGUCAAUAUUGACACCAAGGUCACUGCAAAAGUAAAAAUGGGCACUGGAGAUUUGGUACAAGCAACUGGGAAAGGUACUCUAGUUAUUAACACAAAAUCUGGCCCGAGAUACAUUAAAGAAGUCAUGCUUGUACCAGGGUUGGAUGAGAACUUGCUUAGUGUGGGUAAGAUGGUAGAACAUGGCUAUUAUCUGGAUUUUGGAAAUUCCAUGGUGGAGAUAUUUGAUGACAGCUCCAUGGAAAACUUAGUGGCAAAAGUUUCCAUGAUAGGAAAUAGAUGUUUUCCGCUCUCACUAAAGUAUGGAAAUUCUAUAGCUAUAAAGGCAACCGUUGAAGAAUCCACUUGGUGUUGGCAUAGGAGGUUUGGUCAUUUGAAUCUGCAGAGUCUGAGGCUGUUACAACAACAAGAGCUGGUCUAUGGAUUACCUGAAAUUGGCAAUGCAGAGAGAAUAUGUCAAGGGUGUGAAAUUGGCAAAGCACACAGAGAAGCUUUUGGUAAAGAGAAAACAUGGAGAGCAAGUGUGCCACUGGAGCUGGUGCAUUCAGAUAUCUGUGGACCUAUGCAAACUACAACAAUAGGGGGAAAUAAAUAUUUCUUGACUUUCAUUGAUGACUGCACUAGAAUGUGCUGGGUGUAUUUCAUGAAAUUUAAGUCAUAA